CUGUCUCCAACUCUGGCGAUGCUGCCUAGAAUUCCACCUCGAAUGAAUGUGAAGCGAACGGGCCACAGCGAAGUCAUGCCUUGAAAUUAUUUACCUCGAAAAAUCUAGUCCUUUUUAUUUUCCCUCGAACUUCCAAUCCCAUCGUCGUCACCAAUUGCUACUCCACGGGCAGUCCUCACCUUCCCUCACCAUGGCGGACAAAGAAGCCACAGUCUAUGUCAUCGACCUGGGCGAGUCCAUGGCGGACUGUCACAAUGGACGGGACGAAUCCGAUCUCGACUUUGGCAUGCGCUACAUCUGGGACAAGAUCUCAACCACCGUGGCAGCCAGCCGCAAGACCUGGAACGUAGGCGUCGUGGGCCUCAACACCGACGAAACCGACAACAAUGAAAACAGGGAAGAGUACCAGGGGUACGAAAACAUAUCGGUCCUCCAGGAGCUUGGACCCAUGACCAUGACUUCUCUCAGAGCACUGAAGAGCAGGAUUGAGCCGUCCAGUACUUCCAGCGCAGACGCUAUCUCGGCAAUUGUGGUUGCCCUCAGAAUGAUCCAAGUCUUCACCAAGAAGUUGAAGUAUAAGCGCAAGGUUAUCCUCGUAACGAACGGGGAGUCUCCUAUUGAUGACGAUCAGUCUGAAGAGGUAGCGAAUAUGCUCAAUGAUGUGGGGAUAGAACUUGUCGUAAUCGGGGUUGACUUUGAUGAUGCCGAAUAUGGCUUCAAGGAGGAGGAUAAGUCACGUCACAAGGAGGAAAACGAGAAAAUCCUCAAAACGCUGGUCGACCACUGCGAGAACGGCGUGUUCGGCACCAUGGCUCAAGCAGUGGAAGAGCUCGCCAUCCCCAGGAUCAAGCCCGUCAGGCCUUUUAAGGCAUACGAUGGUCCCCUGACACUCGGAGACCCACAAAAAUACCCGAGCGCGCUGAGUAUUCAUGUUGAGCGCUACUUCAAGACCAAGAGAGCAACACCUCCGUCAGCGAGCAAUGUGGCCAUCACUAACGGACCGCCUCAGACACAGGUUUGGGACGAGGACAGCGGCGUACCAAUGAGUGGUGUGGAGUUUCAGUCAGUCAAGCAACUGCGCACAUACAGAGUUGAUGAUGCCAAGGCAGCAGGAGGGAAGAAAGACGUCGACAGGGAGGAUCUUGCCAAGGCAUAUCAGUAUGGCAGGACCGUGGUCCCGUUUAGUGAGAGCGAGGAGAAUAUGACAAAGUACGAGACAACCAAGAGUUUCACGAUUAUCGGCUUUGUUCCUAUGAGCAGCUACGAGCCAUUCUUGAAUAUGGGAGAGACAGGCCUCAUCGUUGCUCAGAAGCUUAAUGAGGAGGCGGAGCUAGGUCUAUCAGCUCUUAUCCACGCUUUACAUGAGCUUGAGUCCUACGCGGUGGCUAGGUAUGUCAACAAAGACAACUCACAACCACAAAUUCUUCUGCUCAAGCCAAACCCGGCAAUCGAAGACGAUAUUGAGUGCUUGUACGAUGUCCCAUUACCAUUUGCGGAGGACGUCAGGAGUUAUCAGUUCCCUCCGUUGGACAAGGUGUUGACCAUUACGGGCAACGUGCUCACGGAACAUCGCCUUCUGCCCAACAAUGAUUUACAACAGGCGAUGAGCGACUAUGUCGAUGCAAUGGACUUGACCGAAUUCGGGCAAGAUGAAGAUGGAAACCCUGCGGAAUACGCGCCCAUCGACGACCUGUAUAACCCCGUCAUCCACCACAUGAACCAAGCGAUCCGCAAUCGUGCAGUGAACCCCGACGCUCCGCUACCACCCGUAGCCGACAUCCUCACACGCUUCACUCAUCCGCCGGAACCAUUGCUAGCAAAAGCCAAGUCUGAAAUCGACGGACUGAUCGAAGCAGCAGAGGUCAAAAAAGUUCCACCAAAAGUCCAAGGAAAACGCGGCAGGAAAGACACCGUCAAGCCCCUUUCCGGGCUGGACAUCGACGCCCUUCUCGGAGAGACCCGGCCGCGAACGAAGAAGACUCCUAUAUCAACGGAAAACGCGAUUCCCGAAUUCAAGCAAAUCUUGGAAACAGCGGAAGACGACGAGACCAUCGAAACUGCCGCCAAGCAGAUGGGCGAUAUCAUCCGCAAGCUUAUCAGCGACAGCUUUGCGGAUGUGCUGUACCCCAGAGCUGCCGAGAACCUGCGGGUGAUGAGGGAGGAGCUUAUAAGCAUGGAGGUCCCGACGCUUUACAACAAGUACAUUACAGGACUCAAAGAAAGCUUGCUUUCUGGAGAGUUGAAUGGGGAUCGAAGGGAGAUGUGGUUCAGAUGGGUUGUUGGAGGGCGCUUGGGGUUGAUCACGCAGGAUGAAUCUGAGGUGUCGGAAGUCAAUGAGGAGGAGGCAAAGGCU